UUGUUCAAGAUUCUUAAAAAUCAAGACUCUGCUCAGCUCUGUUAUGCCAUGGCGAUUGCAUACCGGAAGAAGAAAAUGGAUUCCAGAUUUUGGUGCCCGAUCCUCCUCGCCUUCGCCAUGCUCUCCGUCGGAGCACGCUCUCAGUCCACCGACGCCCUCGGCUUCCUCUCCAUCGACUGCGGCCUCAAGCCCGGUUCGUCCUACGUCGACCCCGUCACCAACAUCUCCUACGUCUCCGACGCCGGCUUCGUCAACACCGGCGUCAACCGCAACAUCUCCGCCUCCUACUUGUCCGACGUUAUCCCCCAGCAUCUCCGCACCCUCCGCUCGUUCCCCAACGGCGCCCGCAACUGCUACACCAUCGGAUCGCCGGCGGUGGCAAGGGGGUCCAAGUACCUCCUCCGGGCGUGGUUCGUCUACGGCAAUUACGACGGGAACAACGGCCAGCCGCUGGCCUUCGACCUCCACCUCGACGUCAACUACUGGUCGGGGGUGAACGUGACCAAUGCCACCUCACACCACAUGACGGAGACCAUCACGGUGGCCACCGCCGGGUAUUUCUCCGUGUGCCUGGUAAACACCGGCACAGGGACGCCGUUCAUCUCCGCAAUCGACUUGCGGCCGCUGAAGGACAGUCUGUAUCCGGCGGCGAACGAGUCGCGGAGUUUGGUGCUGCUCCGCCGGUGGAAUUUGGGAGUGGCGUCUGACUACUACAUCAGGUAUCCGGACGAUCCGCUCGAUCGGUGGUGGCCUCCAAAUCCGUCGGUCUCCCCGUUGUUGAAAAACGUCGCCACCAACUCCACCGUCCGAAACCUUCCCCAGGACUCCUUCCAAGUUCCCUCCAUCGUCAUGCAGACCGCCGUCACCCCCUUCCACGGCUCCAGCAUCGUCAUCAAAUGGAAUUCCUUGGCCGGCGACGACGUCAACCAGUUCUUCCCCAUCCUCCACGUAUCUGACAUCUUAGAUCCCUCCGGUAGCAAUCUAUCACGGCAGUUCACGGUCUACGUGAAUGGAGUCCGGUGGGUGGGGGGUAUAAUGACCCCCCCUUACCUCUACUCGGCCGCCGUCUACAGCCUGGCGCCGCUCCCUUCGUUCCCUACCUAUAACAUCUCCAUCAAGGCUCUCACCAGCUACACUCUCCCGCCCAUCCUCAAUGCCUUCGAGCUCUUCAGGACCAUGAGCAACGCCUCGGAUGCUGGAGAUGCCUUCGCCAUGGCCUCCGCCGGAGUUCGCUCUCAGUCCACCGAAGCCCUCGGUUUCCUCUCCAUCGACUGCGGCAUUGAGCCCAGUUCGUCCUACGUCGACCCCCUCACCAACAUCUCCUACGUCUCCGACGCCGGCUUCAUCGACACCGGCGUCAACCACAACAUCUCCGUUGCCUACGUGGGAGACUUCAAGGCCCCGCGGUUCCGCACCCUCCGUGCCUUCCCCAACGGCACCCGCAACUGCUACACCAUCGGGUCGCCGGUGGUGGUGCGCGGGUCCAAGUACCUCCUCCGGGCGUGGUUCUACUACGGCAACUACGACGGGCUCAACAGCCAGCCGCAGUCCUUCGACCUCCACCUCGGCGUCAACUACUGGGACAGGGUGAACGUGACCACUGCGGAGUCAUUCUACUGGACGGAGACCAUCACGGUGGCCACCGGCGGAUACUUGUCGGCGUGCCUGGUGAACACCGGCACGGGGACGCCGUUCAUCUCCGGGAUUGACUUGCGGCCGUUGAAGGACAGACUCUAUCCGGCGGCGAACGAGUCACGGAGUCUGGUGUUGUUCGGCCGGUGGAACAUGGGAGAGGAGUCUGACUACAUCAGGUAUCCGGACGACCCGCUGGAUCGGGUGUGGUUGCUUCUGGACUCCACGCAGAUGAACUGGAAAGACGUCUCCACCGACUCUGCCGUCGAAAACUUAUCCGAGGACUUCUUCCAAGCUCCUUCCGUCGUCAUGCAGACCGCCGUCACCCCUAUCAACUCCUCCAGCAUCGUCAUCACAUGGCAUCCCUCCCCGGGCGACGUCAACCAGUUCUUUCCCAUCCUCCACAUAUCCGAGAUCGCAGAUCUCUCCGGCACCGAUCAAUCGCGGCAGUUCAACAUCUACGCGAAUGGAUUACGGUGGCUGCCGGAAAUAGUAACCCCCCCUUACCUCUACUCGGGCUUCGUCUACAGCCUCGUGCCCCUCCUUUCGUCCCCCACCUAUAACAUCUCCCUCGAGGCUCUCAGCAACUCCACUCUCCCGCCCAUCCUCAAUGCCUUCGAGCUCUAUACGACCAUGAGCAACACCUCCGUGCCCUCGGAUGCUGGAGAUGUUGAUGCCAUGACAACAAUCAAGGAGCGGUAUCGGAUCCAGAGGAAUUGGAUGGGAGAUCCAUGUUCGCCUAAUGCUUUUGUUUGGGAUGGACUAAAUUGUACUUAUAUCUUGUCAAAUUCUCCAAGAGUCACUACUUUGAACCUGUCUUCAAGUGGGUUGACCGGGGAAAUAACCAAAUUUGUUGCCAGUCUUAGUGCACUCCAAUACUUGGACUUGUCUUACAACAAUUUAACAGGGCCAAUACCUAGUGUUCUCGCAAACUUAAGUUCUCUUAAACUACUUGAUUUGACAAGCAACCAGUUAAAUGGAUCAGUUCCUUCGAGCCUCCUUGAAAUGUCACAAAAUGGAUUACUUACCUUAAGACUGGAUGGGAAUCCACAUCUUUGUAACAAUGGUACAUCGUGCAAUGUGAUGCCUGUACCAAAAAAGAAGAAAAUAUCACCACCAGUGGUCAUGAUUCUUUCUAUAGUUCCAGUGUUAAUACUUCUUGCGCUGAUAGCCAUAGUUUGGAGAGUGAGGAAAACACUAGGUUCGAGCAUAGCCAACUCAGUGGAUCCACAGAAUGGUUUCCUAAAGCAAACAGAUAAUGCAUUGCAGCUUGAGAAUCGCCAAUUCACAUACACGGAAUUAGAGAACAUCACCAAUAACUUUCAAAAGAUCCUAGGCGAAGGAGGAUUUGGGUCUGUUUUCUAUGGACGUUUGGAAGACGGUACUCAAGUUGCGGUCAAAAUGCUAUCACAAUCAUCAUCACAAGGAACUAAAGAGUUUCUUGCCGAGGCCCGACACUUGACUAAGGUUCAUCAUCGGAAUUUAGUUUCUUUGGUCGGCUAUUGCAAUGAAGUAAAACAUUUGGGGCUUGUCUAUGAGUUUAUGUCUCAAGGAACACUACAAGAUCAUCUGCGAGGCAGGGCAAACAAUGCUAGGGCUUUAAGCUGGAGACAACGUCUUCAUAUGGCAAUUGACGCUGCACAAGGGCUAGAGUAUUUACAAAAAGGAUGCAAACCGCCAUUAGUUCAUAGAGAUGUGAAGUCGGGAAAUAUCCUUUUGAGUGAAACUCUGGAAGCUAAGAUAGCGGAUUUUGGGCUUUCGAAAGCUUUUCUAAGUGAGGUGAAUAGUCAUAUAUCCACUGUAGUGGUGGGAACUCCUGGAUACCUUGAUCCUGAGUAUUACAAUACCUCCCAGCUUAGUGAGAAAAGUGAUGUGUAUAGCUAUGGAGUGGUUCUUUUGGAAUUGGUCACUGGGCUACCUCCAAUAGUUCCAGGUACAAAAAAUGUACACCUAGUCCAAUGGGUGCUCCAAAGGCUUGACAGAGGAAACAUUGAGGAUGUUGUAGAUCCUAGACUGGAAGGGGAGUAUGACAUAAAUAGUGUCUGGAAGUGUGCUGAUAUCGCAUUGAAAUGCACGACACAAAGGUCCCAACAACGGCCAAACAUGACAGAAGUUGUGAUGCAGUUGAAAGAGAGCUUAGAACUAGAGAACUUUCAUUAUACAAACACAGUCACAUGCAGAGAGAAUCCAGACUGAGAAGUAAGAUAUGUGAGCUUGAUCAGUGCUCCUCUUGAGACAAGAGUGUCUAGAAUGACUGAGAUUUCCGGACCAAUGACAAGAUAAACAAGGGUUUGCUCGACUUUUCCCAUUGGUUGUUUAAGGUUCAAAAAUGUCAUUUUCUUCAAAUUCAUUCCUGUGUAUCGUUUUGCCAUGUUAUUACAUGGCAAAAACUUUGGUAUGUUCGUCCAUUUCAUCUUAGAACAAGCAUCUUGUAUUUUCACAAUGUUACCUUUGCCACAAAAAAUAUUCCCUCUUGCUCCUUCUGUUAA